UUAACGCUGCAGAAUGUAUAAAACUUUCUCUAUCAACGCGUACAAGAAUUUAUGCACACAGUUCCCCAAUACCUUUCAUGUUUUCUACACAGAACAAAAUACUCAUAAUAAAAUAACAUUAAGUGAUAGGUCGAGGUUCACACACGCAAACUACACAGUCGCGAUCAGCGCUGGAGCAAAACGGCACUCGUCCGUUCAAAGACAAGGGGACAUGUCGACCCUUGGUGUCAAGUCGCCGACUCGGCUGAAGUCUCCCGUGGCUUACUCUUCCGUUGCUGCUUCAUCGGAGCUUCUCACAGUUAGGCAGAAAGAUGAAUUUGUGGGAUAUGACUUCUGCUUCGACACCAUCGUGUUUGAGGGCGGAGGCAACAAGGGAUUGGCGGCAACGGGGACCAUUCGGGUCCUUGAGGAGCUUGGCUACUGGGGAAACAUCAAACGUUUUGCUGGGGCCAGUGCCGGUUCAAUGGUUGCUGCACUUGCGUCUGUUGGAUAUAACUCGUAUGAUAUCGAGACAUUCCUGAGAGGUGAUAUCACCAAAGUCUUCCUUGAUGCCAGAUUUGGCAAACUCAGCUUUCUUCCUAACAUGCUGAUGAGCUACGGUUUGCAUCCCGGCAAGAAGAUCUCUGACUGGUUCGGUGAGCAACUCAAAGCUAAGACGGACAAACCAGACCUGACAUUUAAAGAGUUGUAUCAGCUAAAUAAAACGGAGCUUUGUAUUACCGUGACCAACAUGAACACCAUGGACUGCACGUAUUGCCAUGUCAAAACCACACCCGAUCUUCCUAUCAGAAAAGCAGUUCGGAUGUCCGGUUGUAUUCCAGGCUUUUUUUGCCCUGUGGAAGUAAAGAGCGGGAAAACAAAGGACUACUACGUAGAUGGAGGACUACUCUGCAACUAUCCAAUACAUUGCUACGACGGCUGGUAUUUGUCCAUGAAACCCGAUGCUUCCUUUCUGAAACGUCUUCAGCCAUUUGAGCAACUUCCCAAACUCUGGGACCCCAACAAACGCUUCUCUCCUAAGAACGAGAACACGUUGGGGAUACUACUUUAUGCCAACGAUGAGAGGGAGAUUAUGAAGGACGACCUGAUGAAACGUUUUGAGAAGCAUAUCACAUCGUCUGAAAAGCCGGACUUCCCUAACACCCAUCUGGCCAAAGCCCGGAAAGAGGCAAUGGAGGGAAUACAGAAGAAGAGGACCGAGCAUCAAACACUGAUGACAUCGUUUUCCAAGUUUCUCAAGGUACUUCGGGACAGCGACAUCGACCACAGCGGGACUAUUAGUGAGCAGGAAUUCGAGAUGGCCAUGAACAAGCCAAACUCGGAGCUUACAAUCGAAGACAAGAAGCAGCUAUUUGGACAAGACUUCAGUGACGCAAAGGCAUUUUUCAAACGACUGGACACGUCAAAAGAUGGCGAAUUAACUGUACAGGAACUGAUGGCGUUUGGGGAGAGCAAAGGCUUGGAGAUUAUGGAUCAUUUCCGGGGCUACAGCCGCCAGGAAAUCACUGGUCUUGGCAGCUACUUCGGCAGUAUUCUGGAGACCUUGCUGCUCAAUAUGAAGAGAGUCUUCGUUCAGGGCUCGGACGUGCAUCGUACGAUCGGCAUUAACACCGGUUACCUGGAUACUCUGGACUUCAAGAUGGAGGAACAAGACCAGAAUUAUAUGGUUCAGCAAGGCAAGCUUGGCUGCAUAGCUUUUCUACGUGAACUCAUUGCUGAGAAAAAGAUGGUCCGCAAGACAUGAACUGCACGGUAAAAAAAAAAUCAUGACGGAUUUGGUAUGCAAGAUUAUUAAACGCUAACCAGUUUAGUUUUUAGGACGUAUCUUAUAAACGAGGACGAUGACAAUUAUCAUUGAGGCUAUGAAACGCGUGGUGAACUUGAUCUUGUACGUUAGGUUUUGACAAGAGUGCACCCGUGUCUAAAGACCUACGCAGUGUAAUUUUAAGGAAACGAUUUAGUUUUUUAAGGACUCAAUUUCCUUCAAAGUUAGGUAAAGUUUAUGGUGAUAUUCCUUCAGAGUAAAGCAUUCUCCUUCAAUUCAGUAAUAGUUUAUGUUUUUCAGUAAAGUUACUUGUAUCAUCACGAUUUAUCGACAGUAAAAUUUAAAGCACUUUCAAAUUGGUAUACUAACAAUAGUGGGUUUCAUGGAUUUGUAACACCCGAGAUGUAAUUUUAAUUUCUCUUAUGAAACUUGUCUUAUUUACAGUACAGACGUUUUACAAGAAAUAUUCAGAGUAAGUUGUGAAGUAAAAUUGAAUAUUGUGUGCCGUGCUCACUCGGGGCAGGUACUUGGAUUUAAUGUCUUGAAUAGAUUAUAAUUAUAUCAAUUUAACUUUGCUUUUGUGGGUUUCUUUAUUAUAACUGGCAUAAUGUCAUAAUUAUCAAGUUUAUCAAGACUAUUUGAUUUGUCAACAGCUUAAGAGGUUUUUUGUAAUCACUUUGGAAGACGGUUUACCAUCCAAAGUCUAUAGCAAACUAUUUGUGUCCGAAAACUGGGAAGGGUAUCUGAUGAUGGAUUUUUACUAGUUGGUUGUAUAGUUUUCAUCUACUUGUAUAAUUAUGGUUACAAUAUGUCAUUGUGCUUGAUGGGUUUAUUUUUCUAGUCCUCUUGUUUUAGUCUCAACAAUCAGGCAUGAUAGUUUUCUUAUUUUGAUAGGAUUACCUAUUUUUCUUUCUCCCUGCUUUUACUACUAUUUCCUCCAUUUUUCAGCAUUCUGUACUGUAUAGACCUCACACUUUGGGGUUCAGCAGGACGCCUUUUUCAUAUUGUACUUGACUGUCCAAUAUCAUGCCUAGCAAUCAAUCUUAGCCAAAACGAACAACAGAAGCACGACACAUUAUACUGUACAUGAAAAACACAGUAUUUAAAAUCACGUGAACUCUCAGCAUUUAACAUCUGACACACGAAUUUUGUAUUCAAGCACCAUCAGGUAGCAUUUUGCAGAAUUUUGAAUGUAUUUUGAAUACCCAAAUUCCAUAACAUUCUCAUUUGUUUGGCAAAAAUAAUUAAUGUUAACAACUUUAGAAGUUUACAUUGCAAACCUUUACAUUCAUAUAACAUUGUAAUUCUUACUUCUACUGCUGGAGAUCAAAAUGUAUAAAUAAAAACUGUUCAAAGGAGACGGGAA